ACAAACAACGGGAACUACUCGACCAGUUCCAAACUGUGGCAGCACACAGCUCUAAAUACAGAACAGAAUAUUAACGAACUCUGCAGCCACUGUCAGGUGCCUGAAGCUAUCGAACACUAUCUCCUUCACUGCUUCCGACAUCAUAGUGCCAGAUCGCUGCUUCUGUAUCUACACAACGCAACAAACACUUUUUGAAACUCUUAUCCUUCUCAACAUAAACGCGUCUCCCAACAUUUGUACUGCGGUCAUCGGGAGGAUAAACCUUUGAUGCAAACUGCACUUACUAUCAAGAAGAAGAAGAACUACUCGACCCUAGUAAAAGACCUUAUACAAAAUUUGAACAGUAAUGCCGGUUAAACCUAACUGGAAAGAAUGACUGGUUUCCUGCAGUGACAAACCACAUAAUGCAAAACCUUGAGCGGGAGGCUUUGUAUAACGUUGAGCGAAGACUAAAACUGACACCGACGAGCGUGUUAUCUGCAUAUUUUUGAAGGUUGUGAUUUGACUCACAGAAUGGACACGUAUAAAGUUUUGGAAGCUAUUGGUCAGGGGUCCUUUGGCAGAGUCUUCCGAGGAAAGAGUUUAGUCAAUGGACAAAUAGUAGCACUGAAAUUUAUACCCAAAAGAAACAAAAUAGAGAGAGAGUUGAAGAGCUUGCGACGUGAAUGUGAGAUUCAACGAGGUCUAGCACAUCCAAACAUUGUUCGAAUGAUUGAUUCGUUUGAAACCGAAAAUGAAGUUGUGGCUGUCAGCGAAUAUGUUCCUGGGCAACUCUUUAAGCUUUUAGAAUCUAAUGGGCCGUUGGAAGAAGAGAGAGUUCGGCAGAUUGCAUGCAACUUGGUCUCUGCCAUAUAUUAUUUACACUCCCAUCGAAUUCUUCACAGAGAUAUAAAACCUCAAAAUAUUCUUUUGUCAUUGACUGGUGAAGCAAAACUUUGUGAUUUUGGGUUCUCUAGGAAAAUGGGGAUUAACACAUACGUACUUACCUCGGUAAAAGGUACACCAUUAUAUAUGGCACCAGAACUCAUUGAAGAACAACCAUAUGAUCAUAAUGCUGAUCUUUGGUCUUUAGGAUGCAUUCUCUAUGAGCUUCUGACAGGAAGACCACCAUUUUGUACAACAUCAAUUGUUCAGCUUAUCAAAAUGGUAAGGACAGAGCCAGUGUCAUGGCCACGCGGAUUAAGUGAGAGUUGUUCCGGCUUUCUUCAUGGAUUGCUUGAAAAAGAUCCAGGAAAGAGGUUAACUUGGCCCUCUUUGCUUGAGCAUCCCUGGGUUCAUGAGGGGCUGGUGUUUGUUCAACAGUCUCUAAGUGGCAUACCUCUCACAAAUCCCCUAACAUUAUCUCAACAGCAAGUCAAGGAACAACAGUGUAAAGAGCUUGUACAGCGAGCUGCUGGCCAGACAAGAAUGAUAGGGAAACCUGUAAUAAUAAAUGUUGCAUCUCCCACAAAAACAGAUGAGACCCAAUCAAGUUCUAAACCAGCAUCAAGCUUACCUGGUACAACAGGAGUUAGUUUGGCAGUAGUGCCAUCAGUAGGUAGGAGCAUACAGAGUCAGGAUGAGAGAGAAGAAAAUGGCACUCUACUACAAAUAGAUGCAGAUACUUUGAAGAAACUGUCAGAGAUUUGUCUUGAAACAGGUGUGUGCAGCUCUAAGGGGUCUGAAAGCAGAUCCCCUUCUCCACACCCAGUACGACGUCGAGAGAGAGAGAAAAUGAUCCAAAUCAACGUGUCAAGCUCAAGUGAGGAAAUGGCUCAAAGCACAGAAGAUUUAGUAACUGCUAAUGACAUGCACACAACUGUUGUAGAGGUAGAAGUUCACAGAAGUGCAUUAUCUGUAGAAUCAGUACCCAAAGUUGCUGGCAUAGAGGACUUAGAAACUGAUGCUAGAUGUGUGAUUGGUGCAUCUGUUCGAAAGCUAAGCAGGUUGUCAGAGGAACCUGGAUUCAAGGAAGAGGAUGUAAAAGACUUCCAGUUGUAUGGCCCCUUGCCUCUAGAAGACCGCAAAGAUAGUAUGGUCAAUUAUUUGGCAAACUCCAUUGACUCUUCUAGACGUGGAAGUAGGCCCUCCAAUGGAAUGCUGGAGUUAAUUCAAGACGGGCGACCAAGCUUGCCAAACAUAAAUGAAGAAAGCUUCACUCCUUUUACCCAGGACAGAGUUUUAACAGUAAUGAGUGGCAAGACUAGUAGUGCAGCGGUUUUCACUCUGCAUAGUUUUAACUCUGAUGAUAAGCGGAUUGAAACCGAAGAAUGGUGCAGGUUUUUGGAUAAAACUAUUGCCGAUACUCUAAAUGGAAACUAUAGCAUAUUCCUAGAGCAAAGUGAAUUAUCACUCUUCAUCUCUCCACUCCGAAAUCAAACGUGCCCUGUUCAAGUUACAAACAAAAUAGCAACUUUGCUGUUCCUACCAUUUACCAUGGAGGAAAUGAAGCCUACUAUUACAGAUGUGAUAAAAGUGUAUCUGGAGUGUAAACUAGUUCCAAAUUUGAUAUAUUCUUGCAAAUUAAUAUUCAAGGUAGAAACUCACAAAGUUAAUAGAACAGUUGAAUUUGACAAAGACCAAAUUGAUACAAUGGGUCAGCUUACUAUGGUGAUUUGCCACCUAGUUCAUCUGGAAACAGAUUUUCUUUUACAAUUUUGUGAUUGUGUUUGUGUAUUGAAUGCCAGCAAAGUUAUUGGUAAAAUACUUACUCUAGAUAAUGUUCUUCCAGAUUUGGUUGCAGAUAUGCUAGCUAUUUUGAAUCAGAUUUUAAGGUUAAUGCCAGAAAACAAAUCGGUAGUUGAACAAAUUAUUGGCACAAAUGAUUCAGUGAUUCUCCUCUUGGGCACACUGAUUACCCACAAAGUAGCUCUUGUGAGAGCCAGACUGUGUACCUUUAUAGGAUACCUAGCAAAGCUGUGCCCUUUGAUAUCGAAACAAUUUGAAGGUCAACACAAGCUGAUUUGUGACCUCAUUAACUUGGAGAGCGACAUUGUGCCUCAAGUAAGAAAGACGGCCUCCUUUGCCGUCUCUUGUUUGCAAGCUUACACACAUCUAAUGCCAGAUGACUCCUCUCCAUAACUGGGAUUCUUUUAGGAAGUUGGUGACUAGAAGACAGUUUGCACUGUCUACACUCUAAAGUGAGUAUUUUUCAUGUUUGUUAUCAGCAAAUAACCAAAAUCAUUUUAUUCUAGUUUCGGUUUUAAGUUACUACGUUGAAUUUAUGUACUUAUCAGAAUGCUGAAGUGUUAUAAUUAAAUGACGCAAAAACACAUCAUCUGUUUGCCUACACUUAACGUUCAGCAAAAGUCACUUUAGUUUAUUUUUUAUUUUUAAUUUUGUUGAGCACAAUGCAUGAAUAGCUUAUCAGGGAACUAGCACAAGUAUCAGGGGACCAUCCACAGAGAUCACCUGGACCAACUACCUCCUGUAUCAUUCAACAUGAUACUCUACUUGCUCCAUUUGUGAAAAUUGCACUAUGCUUUGCAAAUUACCUGCUGGAAAAGUAUGAAAGUUAUUUUUUUUUUUUACGGUGAUUCAGACUGAUCAUGUGUAAACAUUUUCAUAUUUUUUUUAUGUUGCAAAAUUGAUGAAGAAUGUUAACAAAUGUAUUAGGAAUGUUGAAAUGUUCAUAAAAAUUUAUAUAUCUUCACCAUCAAUCAUGAUCUAUUAUUAAAACUUUUUGUAUGGGGGUCUAUACUGUAGCAAAUUCAUUUGGGAAUAUUUUGACACCAAAUUUCCUAUAAACUGAGACAAUGUUAAAGAGUAUAAACAUUAAGGGUCCCGGUAGUACAGUCGGGUUCACUUUCGACACACAAUCGAGAACUCCAAGUUCGAAUCCCGGGCGGUACAGAAAUACUUGGGCACAUUUCCUUUCUCCCAAUGCCUCUGUUCACCUAGCAGCAAGUAGGUACCUAGGAGUUAC